AUGUUAACCGUCAGCACCGAAGCUUUUGAGGAGGCGAAAAGAGAUUUUCUUCUAGGCAUAUCGCUCAAAGAAAAGGACAUUUACGAGCAUUGGGGGCAAUACUUUGAUCUUCUCUACCGGAUUCGUAAGCGCUUUGAGCAGGAGAGGGACAGUUGGCGCGAGCUAUUGAAGGGGAAGAGCAUGGAUGAGCAAAAGGAUCUCGCAAAGACGGACUACCGAGGUGGUCGCCUCGUUGACGACUUUCCUCUGCUCCCUGAAUUUGGCGACGCAUGGCAACCGAUCACGCUGGAUAGUCUGGGCCUUGGUGGACUGGUGGGGACGAGGGGAAAAGGUCAAGAACACUGGCGAAAGGUCUGGAGCAGCGUCUUCGAUGUGGGAAAGGUAGUCCCUGAUCCAGAGCGGGCCUAUACUGACCGGAGCUUCCACUACAUGAUUUUGACGGACGGUGUCUGUGCAGGGGUGCUGGUGAAUACCAUGAAUCGUACGCGCCGGAAAGCUUAUGAACAAUGGGAAUCUGUCAAUCAAGUUUCUGGAAUCCGCCCGUCCACGCUAUCAGAGCUUUCAAAAGUUCGCCCAGAAAACCUACUGAACAAAGUGAUCAUCUCGGUGGAUACGAACAAAGAUCCUAUCAUUGCUGCUGGCUAUUACCAAAUCGUCAGCACCAUCGCUUCCGAAAGCAAAGACGCUGGGUACAAAGGAAGUCGAAACCGCGAGGAAGGAAAAGACGUAUAA